UUUCAUGAAGUUGACAAUGAAUUUAUUGGAAAUAUUUUAUAAGCUUCGUAUAAUUGCAUAGCAUUAAUAUUUAUGAUUGUGCUAAAUUGCAUUAGCGGCCUCAGAAAUUCGAAUACGGCAGAAGGUGGUUUUUCCAAGUACAGUCGGACAUUUUCAAUCGAACACAUACUCGUACAUUCAUAGUUUUGAAAUAGCUCGCCAAGCUAAAUUUUGUUAAAAUUGCGAACCAUGUACAGCUCACCAAAGGAUACUCAUCACAUCCAAUAUAAAGGAUUUACAUUUAAACUUGAUCUCGGUGAACCAUCGGAAUUUGCCAAAAAUGUGGCAAGACAGGAGCUUCGCGAAACACCGGAAAAUGUGAAAAAUGGUCUAAGUGAAUUACGACGACUUUUAAAAGAUGAAUCCAAUCUCAAUUGCCCUCUAGACAAUGACUUAUGGCUAAUGAGUUUUUUAAGACUUGCUCACUUUUAUCCCGAGGAGGCAUUGCAUAAGAUACGCAACUAUUUCAACUAUCGCCUCAAAUACCCAGAACUUUUUAAGGAUUUAAAUUUAAAAACAUUCGAGGGUCACUUACAUGACUAUACCGGAUCCAUGCUGCCACAGCGUGAUCAACUUGGAAGACGUUUAUAUGUGGGUCUUUCAGGCAAAUAUUGGGAUACCCAAAAAUGGAAACGUGAAUAUCCCUUAAGAUCAUUUAUUCUUCAAUGUGAAAGUCUAAGAUGCGAACCUGAAACACAAAUUUGCGGCAUUGUCAUAUUAUUGGAUAUGGAGAACCUAACUAUACGCCAAUCCCUACACUACACUUUGGGUUUCUUAAAAUCUCUGAUAGAAUAUCUCCAAGAUGGUAUGGGAAUUCGUUUGAAGGGUUACCACAUUCUAAAUCAACCGAAAAUUGUCAAUGCUCUCUAUACCAUGAGCAAACCAUUUAUAAGGGAAAAAUUUGUCAAUCGUCUACACUUUCAUGGCUCAGAUAUGGCAUCACUGCAUCGUCACAUUGCACCCGAAUGCUUGCCGGAAUGCUAUGGUGGCACUUUAAAGGCCGCUAGGCAAUCGUAUGGUCCUCAAAUUUAUGAAUUGUUAAAAAAAUAUGAAAAGGAUCGCUAUGUAUUUUCACAAUAUGGUUGUAGCAAAUAGAGUUAUAUACAGAUGUGUUCAAAGACACAGAGAAGAUAAUUUUAAACUAUUUUCUUUGCUUUUAAAACUCUUUUGUUUUAAAUUUAAAAAGAAAUACU